AGCCGGAACAGUUUACUCCUGAGGAGAAAACGUUCAUGGGUGCUGAUAACCUCUUCAGAGGCGCCGUGAUUAGUGCGCUCGAUAAAAAGUACGUUGACAACUAUAUUAUUUGCACCACUGCUAAGGAAUUAUGGGAUGCACUUGAGGCCAAGUUCGGGGUUUCUGAUGCUGGUAGCGAGCUGUACCUCAUGGAAUAAUUGUUUGAUUACAAGAUGGUUGAUAGCCGUUCUGUGAUUGAACAAGCACAUGAGAUACAGGCACUAGCUAAGGAACUAGAACAAUUUCCUUGUGUGUUAUCUGAAAAGUUUGUGGCCGGUGGUAUAAUCGCGAAGUUGCCACCUUCUUGGAAGGAUUUUGCUACUUCUCUAAAACAUCAGAGGAAAGAGUUUGGUCUUGCCGAACUCAUGGGAACUCUUGAUGUUGAGGAGAAGACGAGGGCAAAAGAUACACAUGGGAAAGGCGUUCAGUCUUCUAGUGCCAAUGUGGUGCAGAAGAAAAAACAAUUCGCAUUCCGUAAUAAGAAAAAGAACAAGCAAGAGAACAAGCAAGGAGCAAAUCCAAAGCCAAAGCAAACUGUGACUUUUAAGAAGAAAAAGGCAGAUGGAGGCUACUUUGUUUGCGGUAGCGAUGACCACUGGGCGAGUGGUUGUCCAGACCGCAAAUUUAAACGAGAAGAGAAAAAGUCAGUAAACAUGGUCAUUGUCGAGGCUGAAGGAGGAACAUCUGGGCCGGCAACACUGGAGCCUUACUGAUGGGGAACGGCUUUCAUGCGCGUGUUCUUGGUGUUGGUACGGUCAUUCUGAAGUUCACUUCGGGAAAGACGGUGCUGAUGAAGAACGUGCAGCAUGUCCCCUCCAUCAAAAAGUAUCUAGUUAGCGGCUCACAGCUUUGUAGAGAUGGCUACAAAAUAGUCUUUGAGGCCAAUAAAGUUAUACUUUCAAAGUUUGAAACUUUUAUUGGUAUAGGUUAUGAUUGCGGAGGCUUGUUCCGCUUAUCCAUGCA